AUAGGCACGCUGCCUCCUGCUUCCCAUGUGCAUCUGCGUGUACCUGGCAAUAAACCUUGCAUGUAAGGGAGGGACAGACGGAAGAGGGUUUCAUCGCGUCAAACCGGUCGUGUGCUUGGCGUGUAGGAAUUCGCCCAAUUUCCGUGGUCUAGCGCGGGCGGUUCCGGCCAGGCCUCCCAGCCAUGCCGCCAGGGCGACAUCCCCGCCGAUUCGUCGCCCGGAUCUCACUGAGCAACACACGGUAGAGCAAGCCGUCGCAUCGAAGCCCUCAGGCAGUGGUGGCGGCGCCGUGCAAGGGGGUGGGGAGAGUAGCGGGGUGGACGACGGCGGCCGGUCGGUGAGGGGACUGGGGGAGUCACGAGAGGGGGAGGGCUGCGACUACCGUCCCUCUCUUCGCACCAGCUAUCUCUCGCGUCAGGAGCCGACCCCGCCCCGCCAGAUACACCCCGACCCCCCCUCAGGAGGAGUGCAGUACCUGGACCCAGUGCAGAUGGGCUCGUACGAUCCGGUCGGGGAUGCCAUGCGUUUGUGGGGCCCCCCGCCCGACGACGAGAUGGUGUUCGACUUCGAGCUGGCCGAGAGAUACUUCGAAAAGAGGGAAGCAAUCCCCUUAGUAAGAUGGCAGUCAGAGAAGGAAAGAUGGCAUCGAAAUGCCAAAAAACAGAUACUCUUUCAUGUCUUGUGUGCCUGCAGCUCUAUCACGCAUAUCAGGCUACUCUUGAGACCUUAGAGCAGUCAUUCGUGAUGCGGCCGACUGGUGCAGCGCCCUCGUCCCAGCCCACCAGCCCUCCCCUCUUGCAGCCAGCCGAGCUCUUUGACAUGUCAUUGCCCAUCAGCAAGAUGGCCCGCAUGGCAAUGUCGACUAACGAUGCCACGCGAGCCGCUCUCCGCUCACACAUCGUCACCCCCACUCGGCAGCAGGAGCUGCUGGGCCACACCUCGGCGACCGUCACCAGCACGCUGCUCAACGGCGUCCAGCACCACAUCAACAAGGCCAUCAGGCGUCUCGGCUUGAAGGACGUCUUCGCCUUCGACAUUGCUGGUGACGUGGAGGGCGGCUUGAGGGUCGUCUGGCUGCUGGAGCAGGGCACCGGUGAGGAGUGGCGGGCGAUGGGACGGUUCCUUCGGAUGGCCUUCAUCUAUCGGCUGACCCCCGCCAAGUCGACGCGGCCCCUUCGGGUGUCGGCCGACUCGCUGUCCGCAGCAGCGACCUUGCACCAGCUGCCGAUCACAUUGGCGAUCUACAAGAUCAUCGGCCAGCAGCUUUCAGACAAUUGGACCAGCCUGGCGCUGCAGCAAGAUGACGAUGGGAACUAUCGGAUCGGCAAUGAAUCAUUUGGCGAUGAAUCAUUCCGUGUGGUGCCUCUGGGUGAGCUGGCGGGCGGCCAUCCCUAUGCCAACAGCUACAAGCGGACCGACCCCGUUAUUCUCUCGAGCCGCGACUCCCUCUACCCCUCCUUCUCGGCAUAUCUGCUGCGCAGACUGCUCAACUCGUGGCCCUCCAAGUUGGAGUCGGGCGGGAGGGAGGUGCUGUCAUUUCUGACCGACCGUGAUGACCUUCGAUGUCGCCGUCUGCAGAGGACUGAGGGCAUUACAGAGGAUCAGGGCAUCGCUGUCGACUACCGCUACUACCACGGGGAUGAUCUGAAUGCUGCUGAUGCGGGUGAGUAUCGUCAGGUGAUUGUGAGCGGCUUCCGACCCGACGAGACUAUAGCCGCCCACCUGACGGUGGAGGGGGGCUCCAUCCAGCUGUGGACGACCGAGGCAUCUGUUAGAGGUAAGCCAUUAUUACUCGCCCUGCGCUUCCCUGAGUCGACUGGUGCCGUCCGCCGUUUGCUGCGGCCAUUCGGUCUUGAGCGUGAUGUCAUCGACAGGGGGACCGUCCGACGGUGAUGGCAUGAGGGGGGAGUGCUGUCGGAUUGGUGGCGAUUGGGAGGUGUUAGGGUCUCUCUGACUGAGAAGGGGUGGAAUGGGACUGGGUGUGUUUGGACGGGUGAUGUGACUGAUUGUAAUGUGUGCCAUGCGUGGUUGGAUGCCGUACUCGUUUCUGUCAGACUCGAUGACUGAAUGGCUUCUCUCGCAUGAACGAGGAAGCAAACAGCACAGCUCAUCGGCAAAGUGAAACUCGGUUGAGGUGUGCUUGCGCCGCUCGACACACACUGACGAACAUGAAGCACGUGAGUUGAUGCACUCACAGGAAUUCACCACACACACACAGGAAGUCACCCCGAUCCCUACUCGCUGGGCUCACAGGCGGGGCUGCGGCGAUGUGUCUCUGUCUGUCUGUCUGUCUGUCUGGCACUGAGAUGCCCACAAAAGGGAGAGGGAUGACACUCGGAUGAAGGAAAACCGCACAGGACUGCACCUCACCGACCUCCAACGAUCACAGGUGAGCAGCGCGUGACGCACAUCCAGACAAGGGAUGGAAACACCCAAGCACAGUUUGACCAUCCCCCUCUCUCUCGUGUGCAUCUCAGCAGCCGCCCGGCAACCAAAGAGAGACCGACCCAGCCACACGCUGUUACUCUGAGAUCGCCGCCAGGCAAUUGAGAUGCCCACGAAGACCAAGACACGAUACCAGACAGAGCACAGCUGGCGACAGAAAAAUCUCUCUCUCUUUCCCACCUCACACACAUUGACAGCCAGGCCAAGCGACAGCGCCACUCGCGCCCAGCAGAUCGAAGAAGAUGGUAAGUGUUACACGCAAUACAUCACACCAGACAGACAGACAGCAGCAGUCGGCCGUCUUACUUCCUUUGUGUGCAUGUGACGUGCGCGUGUGGUGUCUGUCUGUGAGAUGCUCGACGGCCACCACACACAGAGAGUGAGAAUGAACCUCACUGUGUGACGUCACCAUCGACUGUCCGAUAGUCAGCACACCAACACUCGAUGCACAUCGAAGGGAACCGAACAGACCACCCCAUCUCUCUCUCUCCUUCCCACCUACACGCAGAAGGAAAUGCGCCAGGCGCCCAUCGGCACAGAGAGAGAUAGAGAGGCACAGCCACCCAUCCAUCUGCGUCAGUGUGGGUGUGGGUGUGGGUGUGGGUGUACCAGCAUAACAUACAGACGGUCGGUCGGGAAAAAGGACCCACAGAGGGGCCAAAUUGUG